AUGUCCUCAGGCCUGACCACAGCCUCCAGCCCUGAGAAUGGCAGGAACAACCUUGGAACAACUUGUCCCAUCAGUGCCCACCUGACCCACCACAACCAGAGGACACCCCCAGAACCAGCCCACAACAGGAGCAAGUGCCUGAAUCUGGACAGUGCUUGUGGGUCUCCGCCCUGCCUGGAAAAUGUGACCGCAUGGCUGCCUUCAGCUUCAUUCCUGCUGCAGGUUCCAGGCUGUUUUCUCCUAAGCGGCCCCAGCACCAUGACUGGCACCGUGGGGGGAUCCCUGAGUGUGCAGUGCUGGUAUGAGGAGGGAGACAAGGCACAUGACAAGUACUGGUGCAGAGGAUCACUUGUGGCAUAUGAUGCAGUUUCCUAUGGUGUGGGGUCAGUACAUCGCAGCAUCGCACAAUUUGACUCCUUUAAGGUCAUGGUGUCUGUGCUCUCAGCACAUGCCAAGCCAAGUGUCACUAGAUAGGACAUCCCCAGUCCCAGCUCACCACCUCAGUCCCUGCUCAGCAGCGUCUACUUGCUGCUCCUGGUCUUCCUGAAGGUGUCCCUGUUCCUCAGCAUGCUCAGUGCCAUCCUCAGGGAAGCUCUGUGUGGAGGCAGAAUCAAUCUGAUUACAAGAACCAAUGAAGGCUGUUUUCCACUGAGGACAUGA